UUCAGUUCUCGAGGGCAGCUGACGACGCAUCCACAACCCAGACUCGAAAGCAAACAAUGUCAAACAAAAGCGAUAUCGAUGAGCUAUACGAGUUCAUCUAUCCGCUGGCUGUUAGAGCAGGUGAAAUACUGUACGAAGGCUAUCAAAAUGCGGGCAAAAAGGUUACGCUGAAGCGUAACGAGUUUCACAACGUAGUCACCGACUACGACAAUGAAAUAGAAGAGUUUCUGAUGGACAGCAUACUCGCCAGCUAUCCGGAGCAUAAGUUUAUUGGCGAAGAGGAUACGCACAAGAACAACAAUAUAACGAAGGAGCUGACGGAUGCACCCACCUGGAUCAUAGAUCCCAUUGACGGCACCUCCAAUUUCAUCAAGCAAAUACCACACGUAUCAGUGUCCAUAGGACUCUCAAUUAAUAAGCAAAUUGUGCUGGGAGUUGUGAAUAAUCCAGCCCAGGGCAAGCUCUACUCGGCGAAGCUGGGACAGGGCGCCUUCUGCAAUGGUCAGCCGAUACAUGUGAGCAAUUGUGAGCGUCUGAAUGAUGCUAACGUUGCCUAUGAGGUGUGCUUGCUGCACGAGCCGAGGAUAAGGAACAAGCACAUCAAACGCAUCUACUACGUGGGCUCGCAGGCGAGACGCUUGCUUGGCUAUUCGGCUGUGGUGGACUCCCUUUGCAUGGUCGCCGCUGGCAAUUUGGAUGCCUUUCACAUUGAGGACAUGUAUCCCUGGGACUGUGCCGCGGGCUAUUUGCUAAUACGCGAAGCCGGCGGCGUUGUUACCCAUCCCUAUGGCGGAGCCUUUGACAUUAUGAAGCCAGAUUUGAUAUGUGCCGGCACAGAGGCACUGAGAUUGCAAAUUGAAACUCUUAUACGCAAGGCAGAUCAAGCCAAGUCUGUGGGAAGUGGAGAGGAUAUUUGAAUGUAAACUUGGGCUAAAGUAUUGUUGAUUUUUGAUUCGUAAACCUGAUAUGCGUAUAUAUGAAUUACAGGUUAAAAUAAUUACUCCUCU